AGCCCGCCGCCGCCGGGAGCCGAGCGCCAGGUGGCCAGAAGAUACCGCUGGACCUCAACCUGCGAUGGUCUGAGAGGUCACCCGGGUUUCUGGAUGCAUUCGGAGUGGGUGAGAGAGGUGCCCUCCUGUACAAAUAAAGCACAGUCGUCGACAGGAGAAUCGAGUUCAUCCAUUUUUUGCCAAGGUUUCGUACAUUUGCUGUGAGAUGAGAACUUUCUGAAGUGCGUCCGGGAGCCUGCACGAUGACGACCCCCGCGCUGCUGCCGCUGUCUGGCCGGAGGAUACCCCCGCUGAACCUGGGGCCGCCCUCCUUCCCGCAUCACAGGGCUACCUUGAGACUUUCUGAGAAGUUUAUCCUUCUCCUCAUUCUUAGUGCCUUCAUCACCCUGUGUUUUGGGGCAUUCUUCUUCCUUCCAGACUCCUCAAAACACAAACGCUUUGAUCUGGGCUUAGAAGAUGUGUUGAUUCCCCACGUAGAUGCGGGCAAAGGGGCUAAAAACGCUGGCGUCUUCCUGAUCCACGGACCCGAUGAACACAGGCACAGGGAAGAAGAAGAGCGUCUGAGAAAUAAAAUUCGAGCUGAUCACGAGAAAGCCUUGGAAGAAGCAAAAGAAAAGUUAAGAAAAUCAAAAGAGGAAAUCCAUGCAGAAAUUCAGACAGAGAAAAAUAAAGUAGUUCAAGAAAUGAAGACAAAAGAGAACAAGUCAUUGCCACCAGUCCCUAUUCCAAAGCUUGUUGGAAUCAGUGGUGGAGAUCCAGAGGAUCCUGAGAUAAGAAACAAAAGGGAAAAAAUUAAAGAGAUGAUGAAACAUGCCUGGGAUAAUUAUAGAACAUAUGGCUGGGGUCAUAAUGAACUUAGACCUAUUGCAAGGAAGGGACACUCCACCAACAUAUUUGGAAGUUCACAGAUGGGUGCCACCAUAGUUGAUGCUUUGGAUACCCUUUAUAUUAUGGGACUUCAUGAGGAGUUCGCAGAUGGGCAAAGAUGGAUUGAAGACAACCUUGAUUUCAGUGUGAAUUCGGAGGUGUCUGUGUUUGAAGUUAACAUUCGGUUUAUUGGAGGCCUGCUCGCAGCAUAUUACCUGUCAGGAGAAGAAAUUUUCAAGAUUAAAGCAGUGCAGUUGGCUGAGAAACUCCUUCCUGCCUUUAACACACCCACUGGUAUUCCUUGGGCAAUGGUAAAUCUGAAAAGUGGAGUAGGACGGAACUGGGGCUGGGCGUCUGCAGGUAGCAGCAUUCUGGCUGAGUUUGGUACACUGCACAUGGAGUUUGUUCACCUCAGCUAUUUGACAGGCGACCUGGUUUACUACAAAAAGGUCAUGCAUAUUCGAAAACUACUUCAGAAAAUGGAUCGUCCAAAUGGUCUUUAUCCCAAUUAUUUAAACCCAAGAACAGGGCGCUGGGGCCAGUAUCAUACAUCAGUUGGUGGUCUAGGAGAUAGUUUUUAUGAAUACUUACUGAAAGCCUGGUUGAUGUCAGAUAAAACAGACCAUGAGGCAAGAAGAAUGUAUGAUGAUGCCAUUGAGGCUAUAGAAAAACAUCUUAUUAAGAAGUCCCGAGGAGGAUUUACCUUUAUUGGAGAAUGGAAGAAUGGACACUUGGAAAGGAAAAUGGGGCAUUUGGCCUGCUUUGCUGGGGGAAUGUUUGCACUAGGAGCAGAUGGUUCCAGAAAGGAUAAAGCUGGUCAUUACUUAGAGCUAGGGGCAGAAAUUGCACGAACAUGUCAUGAGUCAUAUGACAGAACUGCAUUAAAACUAGGUCCUGAAUCAUUCAAGUUUGAUGCUGCAAUAGAGGCCGUGGCUGUCAGGCAGGCUGAAAAGUAUUACAUUCUCCGUCCAGAAGUAAUUGAAACCUAUUGGUACCUAUGGAGAUUCACUCACGACCCAAGAUACAGACAGUGGGGCUGGGAAGCAGCACAGGCUAUUGAAAAGUACUGCCGUGUCAGUGGAGGAUUCUCUGGAGUCAAGGAUGUUUACUCCCCCAUUCCUACACAUGAUGAUGUACAACAAAGCUUCUUUCUCGCUGAAACAUUAAAAUACUUGUACCUGCUGUUCUCUGGUGAUGACCUUUUACCUUUAGACCACUGGGUGUUUAACACAGAGGCACAUCCUCUGCCGGUGUUGCAUUUAGCCAACACCACACUUUCAGGUAAUCCUGCUGUUCGAUGAACACAGCUCCAGAAGGACCAUUCUUACCUGUGCUUUGUUUACAUGGACCACUACAGAAAUUGUCUGGAGAGGCAACUUUUGAAAACCUGGACCUCUGUCAACAUGCCAGGGUGAAUUCUUCCCCUGCAAAACUUUUCAACUUGUAGAUAUGUCAACUUUGAAAUUAUUCCAUUUUAUAUCUGACCAAAACAUGUUCUGGUACGUGUAGCGCAAAGACCUUAGUGCUUUGGUUCUUCAAGGAGAUGGCCAAGUGAGAAGUGAUUUCUAUUCCAUAUUGUUAGAAAGCCAAGGACGUAGAACACCAUGCAGGAGUUAGAGAUGGCUUUUGGAACCAACUACAGAUUUGUUUCUUCCCACAGUGGAGCAGCUUUCAAGUCAGAUACUACACAUUGUUUCUCCCUUUUCUCCUCCAUUUCAGUAAUGGAGUGAACCAAGGUAAAAAAGAGCAAAAGAACAGUGUAACCACAUGAGAAGCAAGAAGACUCAAACAGAAUUGCUGUCCCUGUCUGAAUUCUCAAGUUCCCCAUGGGAUACCAGACUGGCAACCAUUUCAGUCUCAACCUAGUUUAUUGAAAGUUCUUGUUUAAAUGUAAUUUUCUCUGAGGGCAUGACCUCACAGAGAAUAUUCUUUAAGUCUUUGUCUCCAUGUGAUGUCAUUGAAACUGGUAUUAUCAAACCACUAUGUACAAGCCUGAGUUUGGGACUGUGUGCAUGUAGUGCAGUCUGUUGUUGAUAGCAUGACAGGAAGUGGGGAAAGUGCCAGUUUGUUUCUUUGAAACCUGUUGUUAGAGAAGUCAUUGAUUUUGUUGGUAGUCUUCUGAACCAACAGAUCUACUAAGUAAAUUUUAUAUACUUUGAUCUCACAAUACAGUUGGUAGUCACUCACCUUACAACUUUUUCUCUGUGGCUUUGCAGAAUCCACUGUACUGUAUGCAGCUCUGCAUCUGCUGUCACAAGCUAAGUGACUCGUAGCCUAGUAAAGCCAAACACAGCACAGCGAGGCUUCCUUAAGCAUUCCAUUUGGAAUGGGGCCUGGGAGCCCCUUAUUUAUUAUCUCCUCACAUAAGUGAGCUGUUCACAAAUAUUUUAUGUUUAUUUUUAAUUUCUCCAAGAAUAUUUAUAUAUAUAUAUACAUAUAUCCAAAGAAUUAGUAGAAUAGCAUCAAAAUAAUUUUCAGCAACAAUAUAUGGUGUAACUAAUCAUAUUUACUGAAAGGGGGGUAAAUGAGAGAUUUUGUGUUAAUAAAUCUUCCUAAAGAAAUUAUUAUUGCCUUAUAUUUUGGCAGAAGAAAACACUAAAUUUUAUCAACAACUUUAAGAUAAAUACUAAUGAAUGCUUAUAAAUUUUCUGUCCCUUGAAUUUCUUUUCCUUUAAUACAGACAUCAUCUAUUAACAUUAAUAUAGUUUAGAAACAAUAUAAUUAGUCUAAUAUUUGAAUAUUUCAUAAUAAUGUAUUUCAUAAACCAGUUUGUAUAUGUACCCCACUUUGGAAUUUUGAAAGCUUAUUUCCUUAGGUGAUAGCUUUUCUUUUUAACCCUCUGUUAGCAUAGACCAGAUUUAAUUUGGAGAAAAGUAAUGAAUUAUUAUUAAAUAUUGUCUAAAGGUAGUUAUCUUGUACCAUAAAUCAUCAUGUGAUCCUCACAGUUCAGCCACAAUCCAUAAGUGACAGCUACCACAGAACUGUGCCAGACAUACAGAUGCAGGGGGAAGAAUGAGGUGUAGUAAGCCUUUUAAGAGGGUUAAAUUUGAGUACAUAUUCUGAAAUCUUCUACCUGAAAUUUUUAAAAUGUAAAUGAGAAAGGGAGAUGCUCCUACUAUAGAAGAGAAAGAGAAUCAGCUUUCUUCCCCAAAAUAGCACAAGCCCAUUUACUGGUCACUGAUGAACACUUGGGAAGACCCAGAGCAUUUGGGCCACAAACUCUCCAUGUUGUUCACAAAAUGCAGAGUGAUGGAGGCUGUCUUACUUCUCCUGGAGCCACCUGGAUGGAGACAGAGCUCCCUUCCUGAAGUGCCUGUCAUCUGGGUGACUGGAGCCUUGGGAGCAGGCAGGGAGGUGUGCAGGCAGGACCAGUUCUGAGAGAAGAUUCUGAGAAGGUCUUCACCACUCCCUCCCUUCUCUGUGAUAACUAGAGCUUCAAGCAGUGCUUUUCUUCUAUGCCUACCAAAGGCAAUUCAAGUCAGGUAUGAGUGAUUUGCCAGUGUCAUGUUUUUUCAUUAUAGAUUUUUAAAAUAAUUUUCUUCAAGAUCAACUCUUAUUCAACAUUUUGCUUGGUUUUUAAGAGUGUCUUCUGUCCACCGUGCCCUUUGCAUUUAGACACCAUUGCUUACAUGCAACACUUGCCACAUUUAUAAAACCUGCAAUCCAGAAACGUUCACUUGUCUCCUGAUGACUCUUAAAGAAUCAGAACCUUACUUUCUGCUUUGGCAUAGUUGUACAAAAUCAAUAGUACAUAAAGGGGAUAAAAGGGAUAUGGAACACACUCAACCUGCUGUAUUUAUUGCUUUUCAUUUCAGAAUCACACCCUGUGGUUCAGAACAGAUUUUUAAGAAGUGUUGAACCGACAUGAAGCUAUUAGAACUUAGAGAAUGAGAAUGAGGCCCUUACCUAAAUAAAUAAGUAGCUCAGAAAAAACAGCUCCCUAGUCUGAGGGUUCUUUUUUGCUGGUGGGUUACACAUUUUAUGGCUAAUACCAGCAUAUUCCUGUGUGUUAGCAUAUAUGUAGAUUUAAGUGAAGGAAUGCAUUCUUUCUGUGGAGUGUCAAUCCUGAUUACCCAUGAUGUAUGUCAUCUAAGGAACUAGGGCUUUGUUUGGUGGAUCCUGUCUGAAAUCGCCAUCAUCCCUCUCCCAUCUCCUCUACUCUGCGUAGCCAGAGUCUUUAUCCAGACUCUGAAUCUGUUGAGGAAAACGUGCUUGCCAUUCUUCCUGCAAUUCUGCCUCUCCCUAAGCUGGGCUUCUCUGAACAAGUGCAUGGGUAACAGAAAGAGUGAGCAUACAUGUAUAAAACAUCAUGUAUAUGCCAAGCACUCCUCGCACAUUUCAGAAUAAGAACAUGUUAUUUGAUUCCAGUUGCAUUUUCUGUAUGAGAGCCAUUCAUAUCAUUUUAAAUGUUUUCCAAAAUCACUUGUCUUACAAAAUCUUUAAUUUUAUAUUUCAUUUAAAUUAAAGAGGGAGAUAAAAGGUUUAUAAUAUAUUUUAAACAAUGUAUUACUAUAUAAUACUGACAACUAUAACUGUAGUUAAUAGCAAAGAUCUCAAGGAAAAGUCAAAGAAAUAUUUGAUUUUUGAUGUAACUUUGACUAAAAUAUUUACUUUAGAAAUAAAAACAUUCUUAUUUUGCUAUAUCACUUUAAGUACAUGACUAAAAUCAAUAUUUUGUAGAAGUGCUUGUUAUUUUAUAUUCAAAAAUAUUUGUCCCUUAAUUCAUGGGUAAAACUUGCAGUUCUAAAUUGUCUUUUCUCUGGCAUAUAUACUUCCACUAAUGAUAGUACCCAUAUUUCUUAAGUAUAAAGAAAAAAUAUGCUAGAAUAUUUCUAAAUUCCAAUUAAUAUUGUGAGUUCUUGUCUGUAGGGUUCCAUACCUGAAAUUGGCUCCUAUCCUGCCCAUUCUUUGCACAUAUAAGUAAGUUGUACACAGAUUUUUACUAGUGUCUAUGCUUUGGGCUGGCUGUACAGGAUAUAAACAGGGUGUUAAGGAACCAUGUAUGAUAUGGAGACACACUAAUCACUUGUUCAUGAACAUUGGUGAAGAUGUUUUCUGUUCUUCAUCUCAUCCAGAUCAUUGUAGAGAUGUUCUUUAUGAUCAAAAUUCACUUGGUCCACAAGCUUUCCUCUAAAAGGCCAGGUAAUAAAUAUUUUGGGCUCUACGAGCCAUUCCUCUCUUAUUAUUCAGUUGUGCUGAAGUGUUAGAACAGCUGUAGAUAAUAUGCAAACAAAUGGGUAUAGCUGUGCUCCUAUAAAAUUUAAUUUUUAAAAGGAGUAGAGGGCUGGAUUUGGUCUACAGGUCACAACUGCUGACCCUGAUCCCAAGUUUAAUUUGGGUUUAGCCCUCUAGCCUUUGACCCACAUCUUUUCUCUUUUAUUAUUUGAAUAAUUCACUUUAAAGCAAAAAGAUGUUUGUAUGUACAAUUGUAUGUAUUUGUGUUACUUAAAGCUGUAUAUUUUGUCAUUUUGAAAGUAGAUAAUCCACUUCAGAAGUCUGUUUGGGGUUUCAGGAUAAUAUUACGACUACCAUGGAAAAGGCUUUCAGCCUUGUUAUUUAAUGUCAUAAUUCCUCAUGUAAAAAAGGUUUAUGUGGUAUCAAAAUGCUAUUUUCUCUCUAAUGUCUGCCUGCUUGAUGACCCUGGGGCCAGCACUCGGGAUUCCUGGGGCUGUAGAAGCUUACCUGCCUGGGUACUAUCAGGCAGGCAAUAGUAAUCAAAUUCUGGACAUUGGUGCUGCAGAAACUAAACUUUUGGAAACUUCUAGGCCACACAGAAAGGGGCUAUGUGCCUGACUUGCCACAGCAGCUAUUAGAUUGGGGGGUGCUUACUGCCCAUUACCUCUAGAACAGCUUAAGUCUGAGGAUUGAAGGAUGUAUCCAGAGGAGUAGUAAUCCCUUCUACUUUCAUGACUACGCAAUACCUUUACAAGCCAAUAAUGCUACUUUGUGUGGGUGUCAUUUUCCAAAUUAAAGCAUUCCUCAACCCCAACUUUAUACUUUUAAAUAACUAAUCCAUUUCAGAUUUAGUUUAAGCCCAGAAACUAACUGCAGAAUUCAUAAAAUUCUUAAAAUUAUGCCAUAGUAGCAUAAUUACUAGCAUAUACAUUACAAUUACCAUUCUGACAGAGUAUAGAUUGUUUUCAUGAAUAAGUUUAUCAGCUACUUCAGUAUUUUCUUUGGAAAUUCUAGAGGAGGGGAAGCCUGGAUUCAGAAUGACCCCAUCCAUGCUGAAUGAACAAGCAUUUCUUGGUCCAACCUACUCAUAGGCCACUUGAGCUCAGUGUGGAUAUUUUGGUACUCAAACUCACCCACCAGGUACAUACAUAUGAAUAUGUAAAGGCUUUUAAACAAUUGCAAAUACUUGCAGCUAUUUGAAUGCUACUGAAUCCUGCAUAUUGCAUGCCAGAAAACUUCAUGGAAAGCUCAGCACUUUGUUGAGAAAAAGGGUUUUUGUUUGUUUGUUUGUUGUUUGUUUGUUUUUAAAGAAAUUUAGAAGUUACUUUUUGCUGGGUUAUAAUAUCCCCAAUUGUACUGGGUUUGGAAGUUGAAAGGCCACUCUUUACCCUUGCUGGUCUCAAGUUUGCUAAUAACUUGUCCCUAAACUAAGAAGUGGGUAAGUAUGGACUCCUGAACUAGCGCCCACUGGCUGCUCCUGAACUGGUUUCCAGUCAUGUCCUCCGUAAUGUGACUUUUUUUAAAACAAAUCAAAGACAAUAUUGUUAUUGAAAAUCAAAUAAAGAUGUUCUUUAAGUGAAAA